AUGAGUUUACCCCUCAAUCCCAAACCAUUCCUUAAUGGAUUAACAGGAAUGGUGAAACUUAAGUGGGGAAUGGAGUACCAGGGAUACCUGGUAUCUGUAGAUGGCUACAUGAACAUGCAGCUUGCAAAUACAGAAAAAUACAUACAUGAGGCAUUGUCUGGACAUCUGGGUGAAGUUUUAAUAAGGUGUAAUAAUGUCCUUUAUAUCAGGGGUGUUGAAGAAGAGGAAGAAGAUGGGGAAGUGAGAGAGUAG